UUGAUUUGAUUCUAUCAUACAAGGUAGUAAUUAAUUUGAUUUGAUUUUAGUAGAAAAUUUCGAUCAAUUUGGGUUUAAUAAGUUCGGUUGGGUCAAUUUUUGCUUGCACGCCUGCCCGUGGCGACUACCGGGUACCGACUUAAUUGAGACGAGGCCAACUCAUAGAUCCGUCCUCUAAGAGGACAAAAGCCCAUCGCUUUAUGCGUCGAUGCCCAUGCAAUCAUCAUCCACCGACCAGCAAUUCGCCAUAUCCUCACCGUGCUCAUAGCGAGAAGCAGCAAAGCGUAGAGCAGCUUAGUAAAUCGCCUUAGCGCAGAAAACAUUUAAGUGUUUGCAGCAUGGGAAAAUCCAUAGCUGAUGGAAAGAUUCUCAGCUACAAUGACGUUGUUCUCAGGCAAUCAGACCUGGACAUCCUCAGUGGCCCGUACUUUCUGAAUGAUCGAAUCAUUGAAUUCUACUUCAGUUACCUGUCUUCAACCCACCCUUCAGAAGACAUCCUGCUGGUACCACCUUCAAUUGCCUUUUGGAUAUCAAACUGCCCAGAUACUGAGAAUCUUAUAGGUUUUGUAGAACCCCUUAAGUUGCCAGAAAAGAAAUUGGUGAUAUUUCCUGUUAAUAACAAUGAUGAUGUGAACCUUGCUGAAGGUGGAAGUCACUGGAGCUUACUUGCGUAUGAGAGAAAUGCUAAUGUCUUUGUUCAUCAUGAUAGCUAUUCAGGGAUGAAUAAAAGACAUGCUUUGCAGCUUUAUAAAGCUGUAGUGAGCUUUUUAGACACUUCUGAUACAACUGCUCAUGCUGAGUAUAUUGAACUUACUUAUUCUCCUCAGCAAGUGAAUGGUUCUGAUUGUGGCUUAUACGUUACAGCUAUUUCAAGAGCCAUAUGCUACUGGAAUGAAAGCUGUGACCAAAAGGACAGAGAUGGUUUGUGGUUUUCCAUUGUCAAGGAACAGGUUACUCCGGCUGCUGUUGCUGGGAUGCGGAAUGAAAUCCUACUUCUGAUUAGACGUCUUAUGGCCAGCAAAUAAUGAGGCUUGUUCUUCGCUGAUGGAUUAGCAAUGGAACUUGCGUAAAUUUUUACUGACAUUAGUUCGGGACAGAGAAGUGAAACUCUUUUUAUAACUCUUGAUGGUUUAGACGGCAUUCUCUAUAACUCUGGAAAUGAUACAGGGGUAACAUUGGUGCCUAAAUUACCCCUCUAGAAAACUUUGAACCUGCAGGUAUGGAUCUUUUCUUCUCAGCCAAUGGCAUUUGCUGCCUACUGAUAUGGCAAUGCAAUGAAUAUGAAAAAUAGCUGUGAAACUGUUGCAGAAUCCUACCUGCAGAUCAUUUUUUCUUCAAAAACUUGUUUUUUUGAUGUUUUGCUUAAUGGCCGUCAGAAUCCUACCUGCAAUUUUACACCUCUUUGUAAUCUAGAGCUCUUUAUAGUAGAAGGCCGGAAGCAGCAAUCUGCCUUGACUUGUUUAUUUUAAAUUUGAAAGCCCAGACACUAGUUUUUAUGGCCACAAUUAUAAUUUGAAUACCAAACACCUAAAAAUUGUCUCUUAA